GGUUCCUCGAGAUCUCCUUAAAAACGCCGAAAUAUAAUAAUAAGGUAAUAAUAAUAAUGGGUGAUAGUGAUCGCAUGCCUAAAAUUGAUGUCGCUAAAUUGAGACCAGCCGAAAUAGACUUCAUUCGUUACGUUGAAAAGCAAAACAAAGAACGCGUAGAAAAACUCAAAAAAGUUCGACGAAAUAACCUCCUCACAGCCGGAAUAAUUGGUUGUGGUGUAUUGGGAAUUUACUUUUAUUCUAUGUACGCAGUGAAACAGGAAACGUUCCUGGACGAUUUUGAGGAGCCGCGUAAAGUAAUCGAAAAACAAUAAUAAUGUCCGCAGUAAACGCUUUGAGAUUACCUCCUUUACCUUCUGUUAGAGAUUUAGUUCGUUUAUAUAAGCUAAGAGCAAUUAAACAGUUAUCGCAAAACUUUUUAUUGGAUGAAAGAAUAACAGAUAAAAUAGUAAAGUGUGCAGGUAAUAUUAGAAAUCAGUAUAUUUGUGAGGUUGGUCCCGGCCCCGGGAGCAUAACAAGAUCGAUUUUGAAAAGACAACCAAAAAAAUUAAUAGUAGUCGAAAAGGAUCCCCGAUUUUUACCCACUUUGGAGUUAUUACAAGAAGCUUCAUCACCACACACGGAUUUUAUCAUUGAAAUUGGUGAUAUUAGAUCUUAUAACUUUGUUGUUG